AAGAACAAGAACAAUAAUUACAGCGCUCUUGCACUUUGUUGAGAGCGGAGUUGUACUACAAGCUUGCAUUGGGAUAUACUGGUGAUUUAAAAUGCGUUUGAAUUUGGAUGCAUUUUGUAUACAGCUACGUGUUUCAAAUUCUGGUAAUUGAUCGUCUAGCGGUCCACAGCUGAUUUGAUAGUCGACUGCUUUAUCUCAAUAGUGACUGCGGAGUCCUAUCCAUUACUAGAACAAGUCGAGACAUGACUAAUCCUAUGUUUUGGGACCAACUGCAAGCUGGAAGCUCCGAGGUGGACUGGUGUGAAGGCAAUUACCUUAUUUACCCAAGCAUUGCAGAGUUUUAUAACACGAUCAGCAACAUCUUGUUUUUUGUUUUACCGCCUAUAUUAAUGUGCUUGUUCCGCCAGUACGCAACACAUUUCAACAGUGGAAUAUAUCUAAUUUGGAUUCUACUGGUUGUGAUUGGUAUUGGCUCCACAUACUUCCAUGCCACCCUCAGUUUCCUGGGUCAGAUGCUGGAUGAGUUGUCCAUCCUGUGGGUGCUCAUGUGUGCCAUCGGCAUGUGGUUCCCCAAGAGAUAUCUGCCCAAGAUGUUCAGGAAUGACCGGUCAAGGUUCAAAGUGGUCAUCGGCAUCUUGUCCGGGAUCACCACUGGUUUGGCCUUUGUUAAGCCCGUCGUCAACUCGGUGUCUCUGAUGACUCUGGGUAUCCCCUGCACCGUUCUGCUCAUUACCGAGCUCAAAAGGUGUGAGAACCCACGAGUAUUCAAGCUGGGGCUGAUCUCUGGGUUUUGGUGGGCUCUGGCUCUCCUCUGCUGGAUCAGUGACAAAAUCUUCUGUGAGAUGUGGUCCUCUGUCAACUUCCCCUACCUACACUGUGCUUGGCACAUCCUUAUCUGCCUAGCCUCCUACCUGGGCUGUGUGUGCUUUGCCUACUUCGACGUCGCCACAGAGGCCCCUGAACGAGGCCCGGUCAUCAUGUUCUGGCCCAACGAGAAAUGGGCCUUCAUCGGAGUGCCCUAUGUCACUCUACUCUGUGAAACCAAGAAAUCUGACUCUGUCAAGGUGACAUAACCUUCUCAGGGCCCACUGUGCUUGGAAAAUUCCUCACUAUGAGGUGUUCCCCAAACAUGCACACAAAAUAUGCCCUGAUGUCAGACAAUCGGAACAAUGCAUGUAGAAUGCUUUAAAAUGAAGUACCUCUAAAGUACUUCUCUGACAUGGGUGACAAAGUCGACAUAACUUGUCCGUUAUCGCCUCAAAAUGAAAUCCCCACACUCCCUUGGUGCAUAUGCAAUCAAUAAUGUUUAUGCAACUUAGUGUCAAAGCACAAAUGUGUCCCGCAGUCGUCUAUUAAAGUGACAUAAGUGAGGUAACAUCAAUGCUAAGAAACUUACCAAGUUGUUCAUUAAUCAACUCCGACUGUAAUUCUCAGGCUUUGUUGAGGUGAUCGUGAAUAAUUCAAUUUAGAGUAAGGCAGUAAUGUACAUAGAUGUAUUGCAGUGUUUCUCACAGAAUCUUUUUACAUUUUUCAGCUCGAUCUACUAUUCAAAAUAUUCACUGCCCUUGCAUUUUCAGGCAAUUGAGCACAAAUGGUGAGGACCUUGCCAAUGGUGUAUAUUGUGCAGUAUUUACAUUUACAGCGUGGCUGACUGAUUGUUAAUACUGUUAUAGACGUGUAUUAAUUAACCCCUUAGACUCAUGGGAAUUGACCUAUAUGGAGAAAUUGAAAUGUUUCUUACAGAAGAAAUAUGGAAUGCAUAACCAAGGUAGGAAUUAAAAGGGAACAGUUUGGUUAGUUAUUGGAAAAUUAUCAGACUAAAGCUGAGGACACAACAGUUCUGACACAAGACUGGAUCUAAACAUUACAUUUUUUGUGCAUUUUACUUUCAAUGUACUUUUCGCUGCAUUUGUUGAUAACGAAAUCUAAAAAUACUCUGGAUACAUUCAGUUACAUGAUAAAAAAUAUUAUUGGUAAAUUUGGGUUAGGUACAACAUAAGACAAAAAAAAUUCUUAUGUCUUAAGUGAGAUGUCUUAAGUGAGAGAUCUAAUUGGUGUUCCCAAGUGGCUUCUCCAAAGUGUGCACAGUUCCGAAGUAAUUUCAAUGCACUUUUUAUGACUCAAAGAAGAGUCUUCAAUUAUAAGGA